AUGGCGUCUCAACUACUUCCUCUAGGUGAGGCUCGACUUGAUUCGAUUUGGUUCACUGAUGAACUCUAUGAUUUUUGUAUGCUAAACACUUAUAUGUUUUUAGAGUUGAUUGAUAAAUGUGUGGGUUCGAAAAUCUGGGUUGUCAUGAAAGGCGAUAAAGAAUUCUCAGGCACCCUGCUCGGUUUUGAUGACUACGUUAAUAUGGUCCUCGAAGAUGUGACUGAAUUUGACUACACGGGCGCUCAGACCAAACUACCGAAGAUCCUCUUGAACGGAAAUAAUGUCUGCAUGCUUGCAUACCUGAUUCAUGGCGGGAAGCUGAGUGAAUAUAUUGCAGCAACGAGAUUUGAUAAUUCACUGGAAACCUUUGUUGUUGCGUUUGUUUUCUUCCAUCCCAGGAAGUUGCAGGGAUCAGUCGGCCGCACGACAGAUCUGCCCGUCAGCUUAAAUAACCCAGAAUUUGUAGUAUGA